AUGUCGCAGCACAGGAGACACGACCAUUCGAGGCCAGCUGCCUCGGAGACCUCGAAAUCUAGAAACCAUGGCAAGCCAUGGGUGCGGCGCCAUAAACAUCAGAAAACAUCGAACGAAACGCCGAAUGUGCCCGAUGCCGCGGACGUCUGGCAACCUGCACCGAAGGCAGGGCAGCCGUUCGCGAAGGCCAUGUGUCCGCCAUUCGGGAUGAUGCCGCCCAUCAUGCCCAAACAGGGCGUGGGCAUGCCCCGGGGCGCACCGGUCAUGUUCCCGUUCAUGGACCCUGCGAUGUAUCAGAAUAUGAUGAAGAGCAUGGCAGCCAAGGCUGCAGGGAAAACAGGUGAGGAAUUAGACAUGAAAGCCCUCAUGGCCACUUUGCCACCGGCGGCCAAAAUGCCUUUCCCUUUGCCCAAAAACAUGCCCGUCAUGGGUAUGCCACCACCUGGCAUGAUAUUCCCUGGCCCAUUCAUGGGAAUGCCAAAAAAGGCGCCCUUCCCUGGUGUCAUGCCUUUCGUGCCGGACCCGGCCUUCAGCCCGAAGGCAGCUGGACCCUCGCCAGUUAGAGCCCAGCAAACAGAACCCACAUCCGGCCACACCCAGGCGGACAAUGGCAGGCACCACCACUCCGCUUCUUCCAAAUACCUCAGCCUAUCGCAAGUUUCGCGUGGUGGCAGGUCGAAGCGGUCCCGGGCUCACCUGGACGAGGGGUCCGAAAAUAUAAGCGUCAUUUCGGAUGAGGACUAUAGAAACAGCCAUGAUGGGGCCAAAGACGCCUUGCGUGGCGCUACAGCCUCGGGCAAUGCGUCCCCAAAUAUCGCAUUCGUGAACUCAUUCGUCCCCUCGCCUCCGGAGAGGUAUCGCAGGGACUACCAGUUGCAUGAGGUCAAGAUGUUUUCGGCGCUCGGCAUCAGAGCGCAGGCUAAGGCAAAGAAGCUAUCGCCAGAAGUGAGGGCGAGCUUCGAGUCGGGACCCGUCAAGAAUGGGAAGCUUGUGUUGUUGCUGGACCUGGAUAACACGCUGCUACACGCAUGCUCACAGUCUAAGCUGGGCAUGUUGGAUAUUCAACUCUCGCAUUUCGUGGAUGAGCUAGGUGAACCUGAGCUUUACAAGUUCACCAUGCCGAAUUUCGCAAACGUCAGAUACUACAUGAAGCUGCGACCCGCGCUCAGAGGAUUUCUGCAAGUAUUAUCGCUCUACUAUGAGAUGUCAAUUUACACAAACGCUACGAAGGAAUAUGCCGAUGUCGUAGUGGCCAUUCUCGACCCUGACAGGUCGCUUUUCAUGGAUCGCAUUGUAGCAAGGACAAGUGUAGGAGAAAGAGACCUACAGAAAACUGCAGCGCGGCUAUAUCCGGAUUUAGAUACGAGAUUUGUUGUCGCGUUCGACGACCGAACCGACGUUUGGGCAGAUGUGCCCUACAACCAAGUCGUGAAGGCGGAGCACUACGAUUUCUUCGACUCACACAUCGCAGAACUAAGCGACUCGUACGGAAUUGUGAGCCCAAACUCGGAAGGCUCUUACUACUCGGAUAGCGACAGGCACCUGGAGUACAUGGUUAAGGUGUUCCUCGAGCUACACCGAAGAUUUUUCAACGACCCCUUCGAAGCAAGCGUUGGGGAUAUUCUAGAGGACAUGCAAAGAUCAGUCCUCGAAGGAGUGGGUAUCAUGCUUACUGGAUACAGGAAGAACUCAAAGGGGCAAGGACAGGUACUGCAAGCGGACUGUGAGCAGAAGCAAAGGGAAAUUGCGACGCAGCUGGGAGCAAAGAUCUGCACCAGGCUGUCGGAUAAGAAACUUACACACGUUGUGGCGGGGAAAAACUGCACCGACAACAUCGUCAAAAGCAAGGAACCCUGCUAUUCUCAUGUGCACAAGGUCCAUACCCUCUGGCUCUACAGCUGCAGGGCAACCUGGACCAACGUGCCACCAGAAAAAUUCAACGUGGACGAUAUAUGCGAAGCCUAUUCCAACGAACCGCCCUCGCAGCCUUGUAAAGAUCACUGGAAGAUCCUGCUAAGCGAUGACGAUGACUCCGACAAACGGGCCACAUCGGACAACGCAACAGAAGACCAGCUUCCAACAAGAAUAUUUAUGGGCACAGGAUCGUAUAGCCAUGGAACCGAACUCAUAUCACCAACGGAACGCGUGGUUAUCCGAUGGGACUCGGCGAAAACGAAACUGCUGCAGAACAACACCACCGACCCCAUUGAGCAGAAGAGUGUCAAGCAAAUCAUACUAGAAAACGCGCCGUAUACGAACAGUGUGAAUCCUGAGCGAUACGUGUAG